AUGAAGCUCGCCGCUCGCAGAGAACUCGAACAUGUUCUCUUCAAGCGUUGCGUUGAGUGCGAGAGCGGCGUGCCGUCCUGCGCAGCCAUGGACUGUCCGUCAGGGAAAGUCUGCAUUUUGACACCAAAGAGCUGUGAUGCUUGCGCGAGCGUGUAUUGCGAUACCGACCCUACUGCGACAAUAGCCUCGCAGAGUAAGCCGAAUGUCGGGGCCAUCGCCGGUGGUGUCAUUGGAGGUAUUGCCGUCAUCGCCAUUCUCGUUUUCGUCAUCUGGAAGUACUUCUUGAAGGGCAAGAGAAGGCCGAUCUCAGAGAUGCAAUGGGAGCAGGAGGAGAUGGAACAGCAAGAGAAGGCUGAGAACGACUUUGCGUCUCGGCGAAGCGCACGAGCAUCCACCCACACUGUUGCCUCGAUGGCCUCGUCCGUCCUUACUCGCGCCUCCAACAUCAUUCAGAUCGCCUACAUUCCCGGUGUCACGAACCGCUCUGGACCUGGAUCGCCCGACCUCCUCGUUCCUCCCGUACCGCCGAUUCCUGCCAUGUCUCCCUCGUCUGGCAUGAGCAGCCCCUACUCCAACGCUGAUCAGCACUUCUUCGUCCCUGAUUUCCGUGACUCCAUGGCUUCUGACAGCACCCGUCAAAGUAUUGCGCCCAGUCUCGCCCGUAAUAGUGUCGCCUCGACCAUGUACCGCCAGAACGCUAUCGUAUCUCCGCUGCCGGCUCAGACGAUCGUGCGCGGAAAGGCAGCCGUUGUCAGUGUCAAGUCAAACGGCUCCAAUACGCCUGAUGACGCACAAAGCAUGAUGAGCACACCACCGGUACCGCAGAUCGAUCCUAAGCACGCCCAGCAGACAAAACCUAUUCGCAUUCAGAUGCCCGGUCUCAGCUCCAAGAGCUCUGUCCAGAGCACUGCAACACUAGGACCAGUCCGCGCAUUGAACAUCACGAAGAAGAAGAGCUCCGACACCACACCACCUCAAAGCUCAUCGAGCUCUUGCACAAGCGAUGACAGAACAGCAGUAGCGACUCCCGAGGCACUCGUACCUCCCGCACGGCCGAUCACUGGCUACUCGAUCGCCUCUACCGAUUCAGGUGUCUCACACGCACGCGCCCGCCAAGCAAUCAACUCAGCAGACUCAGACUCGGAGUCUGAUGACGAAGAAGAUCACCAGCGUUCUCGUCAAAGUCUGUUGUGCAACUCUCUGGGUUCGCGCGACUCGGGCGUGACUCCGAUUCAAGAUGCCGCACCAACCGGCCUCGUUGAUCUCCGCAGCCCUUUCAGCGACAACCUGGCCGUCGACCGAGCCGAACGCCCGGCGAUAGGGUCGCGCAUCACCUCCUACGACACCGACCGCUCGCGCAUGCCAAUGACACCCAUUGUCGAAGAGUCUGAGCGCCGCGCAAGCCACAUGUCCAAGCGGGACCAGAGCCCGUUUGCAGACGACUUCAAGAGUGACCUGAAGUAG